AUGUCAGCCGCACACUACUCUGAGCUCGUCCGUGGCUUUGCCCUCACCGGCGAAGACGGCAACCAUAUCCUUGUAUCUGAACAACCAGAUAAGGCUAUCGAUAGUGAAGACACCAGCAACGUCCUCCUGGUAGAUACCAACGAAGUGGAAGAUGAUUUCGAGGGGGAUGUACCCCCCGAGGAAGAAAAAGCCACUCUUCGAAAAGUUCCCGGUAAAGUCAAUGCUGCAGGAUACGCCCUGUGCUUUGUUGAAGCUGCAAACUACGCUUCCUAUUACGGAGUCACAGGAGUGUUCCUCAAUUUCAUCCAACGUCCUCUUCCUGCAGGAGGUAAUGGAGCGGGGGCGCCACCAGCUGGCACACAACAAUCAGCCGGUGCUCUGGGUAUGGGACUUCAGACUGCCAACGCUCUUACGGUCACUUUCCAAUUUUUGGUCUUCUGUACUCCACUCCUCGGAGGUUAUCUUGCCGAUGUCAAGCUCGGAAGGUACCGUGGUCUCUGGGUAGGUAUUAUCAUUGGCUUCGCCUCACACAUGCUCCUGGUCAUUGCUUCGAUUCCAAGUGUCAUCACCGGAGGUCAUGCUAUCAUCCCUUUCGUUAUCGGUAUGAUCUGUUUGGCAAUCGGCUCGGGGUUCAUCAAGCCUAGUGUGGCACCUCUGAUAGCCGAUCAAUCAACCGUCAAACGUCAGACUGUCAAAAUGCUUCCUUCAGGUGAAAAAGUCAUUGAGGACCCCGGGGUGACGGUGGAACGCAUGCUUUUGCUAUAUUAUCUUUUCGGAAACGCAGGAGCAUUUUUCUCAAUCGCAACAUCUUACACUGAAAAGAGGAUAGGAUUCUGGCUUUCUUUUAUGCUACCUGGGAUUUGUUUUCUUCUUCAACCUCUGGCUUUGCUCUACGCUCGAAAACGAAUCACUCAUUACCCUCCUUCUGGCUCGUCGGUCGGUGAUGCGUUCAAGGUACUUCGUCAAGUGGCCGGGCGUGUCAAAGGUCUAAAUUUCAAAUCGGCUGAUGAUGCUUGGGAGAGCGUGAAACCUUCGAACCUCCGUGCAAAAGGUGAAUACGCACAACUCGCCGCCAAACAUAAACCGGGUUAUUUCAGCUACGACGACCAAUCCGUCGACGAGGUCAAAGCUACCUUGAAGGCUCUACGGGUAUUCAUUUUCCUUCCCGCUUGGUAUCUUGCAGAUGGAGGCACCAACUCCAUUCUAACGAACAUGGCUGGCUCAAUGACUACCAACGGUUUACCAAACGAUUUGUUGAACAACUUCAACCCUAUCACAACUGUUUGUGCUAUUCCCGUAUAUAAUUACGUGCUUUAUCCCACAUUGCGUAAGAUGGGUAUCAACUAUGGUUAUAUCAAGAGAAUUUCCGUCGGAUUCUUGAUCGGUGCGAUCCUCAAUGCCGUCGCAGCAGUCUUGCAAUGGCAAGUGUACGAGACCAGUCCCUGUCGAUACGCUGCGACGGAAUGUAAUAUCGGUACCGGGGUAUCACCACUGGUGAUAGUCGCCAUUCCCUUCAUACUACAACCUCUCGGUGGUAUUUUCAUCAGUAUCAGUUGUUAUGAGAUGGCCUAUACGAUGAUUCCACCAAGGAUGAAAGGUACAAUCAUCGCCUGUGUCUUCUUCACUAGUGCUAUCUCUAAGGCAAUCGUACUGGGCUGCACUCCAGCAUUCAAAGAUCCCAAUCUGACCUGGGUGUUCGUCGGUAUCGGUUGUGCGAAUCUGGCAGCAUCCGUAGCGAACUUUGUGUUCUUCCGCGAUCUCGAUAAUGUCGCGAAGGAGACCAACUUGCAUAGAAUGGACUUGACCCAAGAAGAGGUUGAGCGAACGAAAGGAAAGGUGUGA